GGCAGUCUCCUUCAGUCGCUGUUCGCGGUAGUGUACGGUGUUACGUUGGGCAAGACUCGCUCGGUGUGCUGUGAAUCACAAUAUAGUGCCAUAUUCGCAUCGCAAUAAAUUUAUUAAUCCAGCACAUAAACCAGCAUUUGCCAGAAAUGAAAUAACAUCAAAUCAAGGGAUCCGUUUGUACAUGCCACGUUCGUCUUUAUACAACAUAAAAUCACGGAGCACGUUUUCUAUACCUAACGACAGAUAACAUAUAUUAUUAGUUGAACAAAGAAAUACGCACACACAUCAUGGACAAUAAAGCGCCGACGGAGAUGGACACCUUCUUACCCCAAGAUGGGUCCAACGCGAAGGAUGGUGUAUUUAAAUAUAAAGUGCAAGUCGCUCCACAAGAUAUGGAAACCGGACAGGGUGACGGAAAAAGCUUCGACCCUUUCAGUGAACGAAGAGUAGAUAACCCAACGACGGAUGGUGAUACAUUAACGCAUUUAUUGAAAGCAGCUCUUGGAACGGGUAUAUUAUCCAUGCCGAUAGCUUUCAAAAAUGCUGGACUUGUUGUCGGUAUAUUUGCCACAGUUUUAGUGGCGUUUGUAUGCACACAUUGCGCAUAUAUUUUGGUAAAAUGUGCACAUGUCCUUUAUUAUAAAACGAGGCGCACAGAAAUGAGUUUUGCCGAUGUAGCAGAAGUAGCGUUUGCUACAGGCCCACAAUGGGGGAGGAAAUUUUCAAAGCCUAUUAGGUAUUUAAUACAGAUUAGUUUAUUUGCAACGUACUUUGGUACCUGCAGCGUGUACACAGUUAUUGUUGCGGCAAAUUUUAAUCAAAUCAUUAAGUAUUACAAAGAGGAAGGAUCUGAUGAAUUCAGUCUUCGAUUGAUGGCAACUUGUUUAUUAAUUCCAAUGAUAUUGCUUAGCUGGAUACCAAAUUUGAAAUAUCUUGCACCUGUUUCCAUGGUGGCUAAUAUAUUUAUGGGAACAGGUUUAGGAAUAACUUUUUAUUAUUUAGUUUGGGAUAUGCCGCCUAUUACGUCUGUACCUUUAUUUGCACCCAUCGAGAAUUUUCCACGAUUCUUCAGUAUAACUAUAUUUGCAAUGGAAGCAAUAGGAGUUGUAAUGCCACUGGAGAAUAACAUGAAAACACCUCAACAUUUUGUCGGAAUUUGUGGUGUUUUAAAUAAGGGAAUGUCCGGUGUUACGCUUAUAUACAUUUUACUAGGAUUUUUAGGAUAUGCAAAAUAUCAGGAUGAAACCUUAGAUAGUAUUACAUUAAAUCUACCAACGGAAGAAAUACCGGCUCAAGUUGUAAAGAUUUUAAUAGCUCUUGCUGUUUACUGCACAUUUGGAUUACAAUUUUAUGUUUGCCUUGACAUUGCAUGGAACGGUAUAAAAGAUCGAUUCCAAAAAAAACCAAUGUUGGCAAAUUAUAUUUUAAGAACAGUUAUGGUCACAGGAGCAGUCUUAUUGGCUGUUAUUGUACCGACUAUUGAACCUUUUAUUGGAUUAAUCGGUGCAUUUUGUUUUUCAAUAUUGGGACUUUUAAUUCCUGUGUUUGUCGAAACUGUAACUUAUUGGGACGUCGGUUUUGGACCAGGAAAUUGGGUAGCAUUGAAGAAUGUGAUUAUUUGUAUUAUUGGCAUUAUGGCUUUAAUAUUUGGAUCUCGUAGUGCAUUGAUACAAAUCGCUAAUUUAUACAGUUAAGAAAAUUUUUUUCACAUAUAUAUAGAGUUUUAGAUAUUGCUAUAUUCCAAAUUUCGAAAGAGUUUGGAAACCAUUUAAAAGAUUUUAAUGCAAUAAAUUUCUGAUAAUUUUAUUAUUUUGAUAAAGACAAUCACAAAAAUCAAAAUAGGAUUAAAAAUAAUUAUUUUAUAAGAUUAAUAUAAUCAGAAUUUUUAUCAAAUUUAUAUCAGAAAUUUAGACGCAAUGUAUGCUUACAAGAAAUGCUCUAGUAAGAUA